AUGGGUAAGAGAAAGAAGUCAGCAAGAAAGCCAACAAAAAGGCUGGUUCAAAAGUUAGAUACAAAAUUCAAUUGUUUGUUUUGCAACCAUGAAAAAUCAGUAUCAUGCACUUUAGAUAAAAAAAACAGUAUAGGAACUCUGUCGUGCAAGAUUUGUGGCCAGUCGUUUCAAACACGUAUAAAUUCAUUAUCACAGCCGGUUGAUGUAUAUAGUGAUUGGUUUGAUGCCGUGGAAGAAGUCAAUUCUGGCCGCGGAAGUGAUACAGAUGAUGGUGAUGAGGACUCUGCUAGUGACUAUGAAAGUGAUUCGGACGCUAAAAGCACACAGAAUCCUGGCGAAGUCGAUUCUGAUGAAGAGGAGGUAGACUCAGACGAAGAGAGAAUAGGGCAGGUUAAAAGAGGUAGGGGUGCCUUGGUAGAUAGCGACGAUGAAUAA